GUACAGCGGCCAUGUUUGAUACUACGUUUGUGAGAAUUUUAAGCUAUCAAUGUAUAUUUCUCAUAAUAUUAGUUCUACCGCAGUCAUUAUUGUGUUACUAUUGCGAUCAUUUCGAUGUAACAAUUAAGAACGUGGUAUAUACAAUUAGAUUUUAAAGUUGUAUAAACAACGAAUUCUAUAGGAAUUAUAUAACGAAAUACAUUUGCCUCACGCGGUAAGAAGAUGUAACUAAAAGCUCAUUCGAGUGAAUGUCGUGGACAAGCGAGUUUGUUGCUGUCUGUAGGGUAGGUGACAAAUCAUUGACGUGUUUGCCAUUUUCCAUGAAUAUGGCUUCGUCGAGUACAUCAAAAAACAAACAAGAAGAAGCAAAGAAUCGACUCGCUUUGGAAAAGUCACCUUAUUUGUUGCAACAUGCUACCAAUCCAGUCGAUUGGUAUCCGUGGUCUGAGAAAGCUUUGAAGAAAGCUAAGAAGGAAAAUAAAUUAAUUUUUUUGUCAGUUGGAUAUUCAACGUGUCAUUGGUGUCACGUUAUGGAGAAAGAAUCAUUUGUAAACAAAAACAUUGCUGAGAUUAUGAAUAAGAAUUUUGUUAAUAUCAAAGUAGACAGGGAAGAGAGACCAGACAUUGACAGAAUAUAUAUGACUUUUAUACAGAGUACGACUGGUCAUGGUGGUUGGCCGAUGAGCGUGUUUCUUACUCCUGAUUUAAAGCCCAUAAUUGGAGGCACAUAUUUUCCUCCAGACGAUAGACACGGACAAACCGGAUUUAAGACUAUUUUAUUAUAUAUCGCAGAAAAGUGGAAGCAGCUUAAAACUGAAAUAAUGAAGUCCAGUUCCCUUAAUCUUGAAACGCUACAAAAUAUUUCUGAAAUUGCACAGACAUCAAGGUUGUUGGAUGCACCGCCAAUGGAAUGUAGCAUGAUCUGCGUUCAGCAACUCAUAAGUGAGUUCGAACCUAAAUUCGGAGGAUUCGGUUCCGUGUAUAGCAUGCAGUCACCUAAAUUUCCACAGCCAGUGAAUUUCAAUUUUCUAUUUCACAUGUAUAUGCGGCAACCUAAGGACGAACUUGCUCAGCAAUGUUUACAUAUGUGUGUCUAUAGUUUAACGAAAAUGUCUUAUGGUGGUAUUCACGAUCACGUAGGUCAGGGUUUUUCAAGGUAUGCCACAGAUGGUGAAUGGCAUGUGCCACAUUUCGAAAAGAUGUUGUACGAUCAAGGACAAUUAAUGCAGUCCUAUGCCGACGCAUACCUUGCAACUAAAAAUGUUCUCUUUGCUGAAAUCAUCGAUGAUAUUGCUACUUACGUAUCGAGGGAUCUCCGACACAAGGAAGGUGGGUUUUACAGUGCCGAAGAUGCAGAUUCAUAUCCUGCUCCCGGCGCAUCUGCCAAAAGGGAGGGUGCAUUUUAUGUCUGGACUGCGGACGAGAUUAAAUCGAUUUUAGAUAAAGAGCUUUCCGAUGAUAAAGCCAUUAAACUGUCAGAGAUUUUCUGUCGUCAUUUCAACGUGAAGGAAUCAGGGAAUGUAAAGAAGUAUCAAGAUCCCCACGGAGAAUUGACAGGAAAGAACGUGUUGAUGGUGUACAAUCCUAUCGAAGAAACCGCCGAACACUUUUCCCUUACAGUUGAAGAGAUAAAGAAACAUUUGAAAGAAGCGUGUUCCAUUUUGUACAAAGCUAGAUCGGCACGGCCACGACCCCAUUUAGAUGACAAAAUAAUCACGGCAUGGAAUGGCUUAAUGAUAAGUGGCUUCGCUCGCGGCGGAGCUGCCGUAGGCAACGAGCGGUACAUCGAAUACGCGGCGGAUGCUGCGAGGUUCGUCGAGAAGUAUCUUUUCGACGAGUCUAAAGGUGUGUUGCUACGCAGCUGUUACCGCGACCAAAACGGUGAAAUUGUACAAACGAAUGUCCCUAUAUCCGGUUUCCUAGACGACUACUCGUUCGUGGUGAAAGGACUGAUCGACCUGUACGAAGCUAGCUUGGACGAGAAAUGGUUAGAGCUCGCGGAGAAGUUACAGGACAUUCAAGACGGCCUGUUCUGGGACGAGGCGAACGGCGGAUAUUUUUCAACAACGUCCGCGGAUCCCGCUGUAAUUCUGCGGCUGAAAGAGGUUCACGACGGAGCAGAACCAUCCGGCAACUCGAUUGCCGCCGAAAAUUUACUGAGGCUGGCAGACUAUUUGGAUCGCGGGGAGCUCAAGGAUAAAGCCGUACGUCUUUUCGGUGCGUUCAGACGCAUGCUGAUGCAGAGGCCCAUCGCUCUCCCGCAACUGGUGUCGGCGCUCGUUCGCUACCACGACGAUGCGACACAGAUUUUCAUAGCAGGGAAACGGGGAGCAAAGGAUACCGAGGACCUGCUGCGAGUAGUGUACGACCGUCUGGUGCCCGGGAGGAUCUUAAUCCUGGCCGACCCCGAGGAAUCGGACGGCCUGUUGUGUCGCAAGAACGAGCACAUGAACAAGAUGAAACCGUUGGACGGACAAGCGACGGCUUACGUCUGUCGACGUCGCGCGUGUUCCCUGCCCGUGACGAGUCCCGACCGGCUGGCGACGUUACUGGACGAGGAACGAUAGAGGGGCUUCAACCAAAUAGUAAUUCCAACCUGCGGAUGUUCCAGUUGUUUCGUAGAGUCUCCUCCAGCCGCUGCGAUGUUCGCAGACAUCUUCACGCCGACGCAUAGAAAACCGAUUUAGCUGGGUUAAACUACUAACGUGCGAUUACCGGCAUGCUUCCUCUAUCAUACCCACGCGUUGUCUUCGGGAAAAAAGAAACAAGUCACCGUGAGUUAAUGAGUUACCUACUAUUGGUUCGAUGCAAAAGUUUCAGUGUCUCCUUACGAGAAAGAAAAGAGUCGACUGUUCGCUGUGACAGUAGUCAGCGAGUGGACGUCGUUCGCCUCGAGGAAAAGAGUCCUUCGGUUAAGCAGAGAAGACAUGAAAAUUCUUGCAUCCCACCAAUGCUUACUUACUUACUACGUUGUAUAGUAUAAAAUCUAUCUAUUCUGUUAGCAGAGGAACAAUGAAUGUUAUGUUGCAUACAAUUGUACAUAGUUGUAUCAAUAAAACGGAAGUG